CCCCAGGACAAUGCGAGCGCUCAUCGAGUGGCGCGCGCGGAGGAGCUCGGCAGCGGAGCGAGGAUAAGAAGAUGCCGUUUUGACGACGGGAGGCAACUCGUUAUUGCGGGGUUCAGAGCUCUGUCCUCGCAGCCUGAGCGCCGCUCCGCUCCUCUCCUCUCCUCCCUGGAUACUGUGUGCGACCUAGAAGCGCCAUGGAUCUCUCGUUUAUGGCCGCGCAGAUCCCUGUAAUGACAGGUGCAUUCAUGGACUCACCCAACGAUGACUACAGCACCGACCACUCCCUCUUCAACUCCUCUGCCAGUGUGCAUGCCGCUGCCAUUGCUGCCAACAGCCAGCAAGAGGAGCCACAGCCGAUGUCCAGGGAUGCCAUCUGGCUUUGGAUCGCCAUUGUGGCCACGAUUGGCAACAUCGUGGUGGUGGGCGUCGUCUACGCUUUCACAUUCUGAUCCUCGGCACUCUUCCCAGUGACUCUGGAACUGUGACUGUGCUGCUAAAGACUGCUUUAAUAUACAGCUGAAAUUACACUAAGGAUGUGGUCAUGUAAUAACA